AUGAAUUUCUUAUCACUCUCCUUUACAGAUAAAGUUAUUGAAAAUAAAUAUUAAAAUAGGAAAAAGGAACUAUCUUAAUAAUUAUUAAAAUUCUAAUAAGCAUUAGUAAUAUUAAUGUUGCUUUAUGUUUUAAUAUCAAGUGCAUUUAAAUAAAUUUGGAUUUCACUUUGUAUAAGUGGAAUAGGUUUGAUACUAUUAAUAAUUAGUGUGAAAUUAAAUAUUGAUCGAUAAGAAUAAUGUUAUCUCAAUAACACAAUUAUAAUCUUUAUGACGAUCUUUAACUAUUAUAAAUCAUUACAAAAAAUACUUAGUGAAACUCUUCAUUAAAUUAGUUACAUUGAAGGAUAUAUGUUGGCCUUAGCUACUACAUCAUGUAUUUUGCAUAAUAUAAUAGAGUAUUGAAUUAGGCUAGUUUUAUGUAAAAAUGCUUCAUCCAUGUUUCAAUUUACAUUAUGUUACAAAUAUUUUAGCCUAUUUUAAUAUAGGAAAUAUGGGAAUAAAUGAUUAUCUUUUUAGUUUAUUUAACACUACAUUUAAUAUAUCUAUACAAAACAGAGUAAAUUUAAAGAUAAGAAUAUAUAGAGUUAAUCAAGCAUUAAAAGGCUGAAUAAUAAUUAAUUAAUUUAUGUGGAAUCACAUUAUAUAUAAUUAGUUACAAAAGAGAAACAAAUUAAAUGUUAUUAACUACUUAGAAUAAUGAAGAUAAUAUUACAAUUCAAUAACAAUAAUAAUUUGUUUCUCAAAUAAGAAAUAUGAGAGUACUCAUUAAGGAUUAGGAAUCUCGUACACAUUAUAAAUCAUAAGAAGAAAUAAAAUAAGAUGCAAAAAUGAAUUUAGAGAAAUUUCUAUUUUAUUUUGUUAGUUGUCCAGAAAAAUUAAAAGAUUAUAUGAAUAAAUUCUAAAUUGAUUCUUUGAUUAAAUUGUAAGGAGUAUAAAAUUAAGAAAACUAUAAUAUUUCAAUAAUUAAAUAUUUUGAUGAAUUACCAAGUGCCAUAAUCUUAAUCUCAUAAAAUAAGAAGGAUGUAUUUAUUGAAGAACUUAAAUUACGAUAUAAGAUAUUUCAAUAAGUCAUGGAAACAAUUGAUGAAAUAUUUCAAUCCUAAGUGAAAAUGAGUUUGAUAUAUUUUAGAGCCAUACACAAAUAUUAAAAAGUAAAAUCUAAUACUAAUAUGGAUUUGUGCAUAUAUAAAAAAAUAUAUAGUAAAAUUGCAAAGGCAUACAAUGAUUUCUAGAAUAUUAAAGACUUUUUUAAUCUUAAUACUACUUUCUAAAGAUCUAUAAUUUAAAAAUUUAAUUUUAUAAAUUUCUUAGAAGAUAUUUUAAUUGAAAUAUAAAAUUACUUUUAUUAAAGUAAAAGAUUCACUUAUUCUAUAAAAAAUCAACUUAAAAAAGAUAUUGUUUUUUAAGAUUAAAAAUAACUUAAGUAAUUAUUUUUAAAUCUUCUAUAUUAUCUAACUGAACAUUGUUAAGAUAUUGGAAUUGUAUUGGAUUAAGGAGAAGAGUAUUCUUUGAAGAAAUCAUACUUUCGUGUUAGGAUAGAAUUCAAAGGAUCAAGUUUCAGUAAAGAUGCAAUAAAAGGACUACCAUUCAUUAAUCCAAUAACUCUAUCUGAAUUGAGACAUAAUGCAGAGUAAGUAUAUCAAUUAAAUUUACCAAUGGCUAUAGUAAUAGUGAGAAAGUUAGGACCAACUAAUAAAAUACAUAUAAAAUAGAAUAAGAAUGGAAUAAAUAGCAUUGAAUUUUUGAUAUUUAGAGAACUUUCAGAAGAUUUUCAUCUUAUGCCUUUGAAAUCUUAACAUCCUAGUAAUUAUCUGAUUUUGAAUGCAAAAUCAUCAAUACAUGGAAAACAUGCAGCCUAUUUUGAUUUGUUAUCUUUGAGUCCAAGAAUUUAAUUAGAUAAUUUUAGUGAAUUAUGA